UAUACAAAGUUAAUUGUCUUUAGCAGAAAUAUUAAAUGUUAUUGUAUAUGUAAAUUUCAAUGAUUAUAUUUUAGUUUUCUUUUUGUUAAUAGCUCUCUUGUAAAAUUUGAGGGAGACAACAAGGCUGUCACAAAAGUGUUCAUUUGUAUGAGAACAGCUGUAUGAAUGGUUCAACUUUAGAAUCAGCAAGUAAGGUGUGAUAAAAAGCACUUAAUUGGGGAGCUUUUGGAUAUGCAUAUUAACAUCAAUGCUUUGGGGGAGAUAUUUUUCUGAGACUUUUAAGCAAGGCACUGAUCUCAGCCAACUGAAGGUUUCUGUGACGUAUGAAGGGAAUCUCCUAAUGAUCUUAGGCAUCUUUAUCUUGUGCUGGCUUAAUUGGUGAACACACUCCAGGUUGCAGUAGUAUACACUUGGAUGGGCAAAGUAAAAAGAAGAGGCAGAGACGUAGCUUGGUUUAAAUAUGCAAUAUUCACUGAGGGAAGAGAUCAAGAACAAACACUGGAAGAGGAAGGUGGAAAUAUAAGCAAGAAGAAAGAAGAGUCCAAGCAGGAAAAAAGGAAAGAAUUUUUCUCCUCUGUUUUCCACCAUGGGACAGCAUUUCACUAAUGAGGAAGGUGAACAAGUUGAUAUUGAUGCAGCUGAACUUCAGGAAUGGUAUAAGAAGUUUGUAGUGGAAUGUCCAAGUGGGACUCUCUUCAUGCAUGAAUUCAAGCAUUUCUUUGGGGUACAGAAUGAUGAGCAAGCUGCAGAGUAUGUGGAAAACAUGUUCAAGGCUUUUGAUAAGAAUGGGGAUAACACUAUUGACUUCCUAGAAUAUGUGGCCGCUUUGAACCUUGUCCUAAGAGGAAAACUGGAACACAAAUUGAGGUGGACAUUCAAAAUAUAUGAUAAGGAUGGGAAUGGUUGUAUAGAUAAACCAGAACUCUUAGAAAUAAUUGAGUCUAUUUACAGGCUAAAGCAAAUAUGCCAGACAGAAGGAGAAAAGGGACAACCCUCUCUCACUCCAGAAGAAGUUGUGGAAAGGAUAUUUGAGCUAGUGGAUGAAAAUGGAGAUGGGCAGUUGUCUCUAGAUGAAUUCAUUGAUGGAGCACGGAAAGACAGAUGGGUGAUGAAGAUGCUACAGAUGGAUGGAAAUGCAGGUGUAUGGAUCACUGAGCGAAGGAGGAAAAGUGCAAUGUUCUAACUAUUGUGCAUUGGACUGGAAAAGAUUAACAUGGAUUGAGCACUUCCUUUCAUCCAAGAAUCAUCUGAGUAACCAAGGGAACACUCCACGCAACUUUGAGAAGCCAAGUUUCAGCAUCCUGAACAUGCAUACAAAAAGUAAUAUGAAGUGCUAACAUUUAAAGACUUCCACUUAAAACCAGCCAUACUAGAAAGUAAUCAUAUGCAUUUAUAACCAUCUUGUUUGUUGAAGCAGACUUGCCUCUAUGUCACAAGGAACUGACCUGCAAGUGUCUUGAAGUAAAAGCCAAAUGUCAUUUGAUGCUGGGAAGACACAAAGUGACUGACUAGUGAAACACCAUGCACUAUCUGUGGACUGUUGGUUAUUAUUUGCCUGAGCAAAGAGGUGAUCUAGGUGCAACAAAGGAAAUCAUAACUCUGUAAUAUACUUUGAAGAUAACAGCUAAUCUAUUCUAAUAACAAGUCUGUGUCUUUCCAGGGGUUUUAUUUGCUUAGAAACCACAAUAACAGUUGCACAAAACUAUUUGGACAAAGUUAGAUGUUCCAGUGUUUUUGUAAUAUUUCAGACUAACAAUCAAACAUAUAUAGCAUUAAAAACAGAGACAACUAGUCUGUACAGAGCAUGUUAUGAACAUGUGAGGAUCAACCAGACAGGGUACCCAAAUCCAUUGAUCCUGAAAGUCCAUUCUUUUCUACUUUAUUACAUUUGGGCAGAUUUCUCCAGGUGAUAAUCUAUUUUGGAACUAUUCUGGAGAUGUUUCACAGCAUUUGGCACAGUUCAGAUGAUCUCAUUUGCAAAAUCAGAAGUACAUUCCUUAGUCUUUUAUCUAUUUCCCUUCAACCAUCUCAUGUACCAGUUCUUGCAGACUAGCCAUGGUUUGCCAGCCUACAAUAAUGAUUUGGAAUCAACCAUUAACCAUAAAUUGCAUGUCAAGGCAAACUAUGGGAACCAGAACUAGAAAACAGGAGAGAUCCAGAAUCUGGAAUUAAAUAUAGUAUGGGAGAAAAGUAUCAGUAUUCUUGACAUGCUUCCCAUAUUCCAUAUCCUGGUUUAGAAGUCUUUGUGUCCUGAAUGAGAAAAUAGUAAGAGGGCAAGGUUUUAGUGGAGGAGAGGUCUCAUUUAUGAAAUCAGCCAUGUUAGACCUGUCAUAUUUAAACAAAAAGUGCAUAUAGUCUAAGAUUCCAGUUGCAUGUUACUGGAUACUCUAUUAGGCAGUUAAUAGAUAUGACCAUUAGGACAUAGGUACCUGUAUCGUAGAUUUACUGAAACUAUACAAGGAAGAACUCAUUUAUCCCAGUGGCCUGAAAUUCAUUCAAAUUACUAAGGCCCCAGAGUCAGCAUCAUAUUUAUCAAGGACUUCAGUAUCUUCUUUCUUCUCCUGGUAAGUGGGCUCUUGGCUUCCUCUUAUCUUUAUAGUAGCAAUAGGAGCCACAAAAAUACAGAAUAAUGAACAAUACAGAGAAAACCAAGAAACCGCAAGCUAUAAGACUAGCAUUCCUCUUGGUGCUCCCAUCUUAACUCAGCCAGAAUGCCUCCAAGUUUCUGUGGAGCUAUUUUAUCUGCUACAUCACUCUCUUUGAGGCAUUGUGGGAUUUGAAAUAACAAGUGACACUUUCUGCCACCUGAGAUUCAGGGCUAAGAUGCUGUAGCCAACAAUUUAAGCCACAAUGAUGCCUACUGAAGGCUCCAGCUAUUGGCCAUUGCCUAGUGGUGUAUCAAAAUCUGGGCUUUCUACAGGUUAUUUCUCAAUACUGAAAUUGUUCAAUUGCCUCUAGAUUGUAUCACUUCACACAGCAAGGGGAAGACCCACAUGUUGCAUCAUAGAUAGAGAUCUCUACAUGGAAAGUUGUGUCAUUGUACUUUAGUGAAGAGAAUGCUGGAUUGAGACUUGGAAAGUCCAAGUUCAAGUGACCAGCAAACCUAUAUGUUGCCUGGUUGACUUUGGGCCAGUCACUCUUCUUUCGCCUGACUUUUCUGAAAGAGUUGUGGAGAUGAAGUGGAUGGAGACCCAUGUAUGUUGCCUUGUGCUCAUAGAAGGAAAGAUGGGCUGUAAGUACAGUGAAUAAGAAUAGAUAUACAGUGUUCCCUCACUUAUCGUGGGGGUUAGGUUCCAGAACCACCCGCAAUAAGUGAAAAUCCAUGAAGUAGGGACGCUAUAUAUUUAUACAUUAUUUUACUGUAGUAGUUAUACACUAUUUUAAGUCUUUAUCAACCAAUUGUGUGUUGAUAAAUCACCUCCUUCUCCUCCUGUUACCACUUGGGCUCCUUUUCUCUCCCUUUGGCUUCUCCUUCCUCCCUUCCUUGUAAUUUUUUAUGAUUUAUAAUAUUAUUUUAGAGUUUAUUAAAAAAAACCCCACAAAACAGCGAAUCCCCAAAAAGCAAAACGCGAAGUAGUGAGGGAACACUCAACAUAUGUCAGGAAGCAAGCUAGGAUUGCAUUCAUUUAUCUGGAGUGCUGGGUUUCAGUGUGCAGAUUUUUAUUUUUAUAUGUAGAAAUAUAUUAAGUCCUAUACCCUUCCACUUGCUGUCUGAAGUGCGACUUUUUGUGAUUACUAGACCUGUGAUAUCACGACAAAUAGAUUUUAUUUGGUAUAUUCCCAUGUUGACUUGAUCUAACAUAGGUCACACAAACUUUGUGCCUGCAUCUCCCUAUGCUUAAGUCUAGUGUGUUUGGUAAAUCUUUCUUUUUCUUGGACCACAAGUCCCAGAAUGCUUUAGCCAGUGUCAUGUUGAAGCUAUACUCUAAAAAGGAAUCUAUCCCAGAUUUGGUCACAAAAUGUGUAUAUUGUUUAGAAAUAAAAAUAGUAUAGCAUGGAAUGAUUUGGUCUGAAACAAACAGCAAAAGACUGAUCAAAGCCAUGAUCCUUCUGUCUGUCAUUUCACAUCCAUUGCUUGGCUGCACAGUCCAUUUGCAAUGUGGCAUAUUUAACUAGAACUUGGAAGUAGCAUGUUACUAAUAACAGUACCUAAACUUGGGAUGGGGAGAGAAGUGUAAGGAACAUGUAACAAAAUCACACUUUAGAAAUAACCAAAUUAAAAUAAUAUUUUUUAUAAUUCUGGCUUCUAGUUACUUUCAGUAGUAACUGACAACAUUUUAGAGGCAUUUUAACAAGAUUUUUUUUUCAAGUGGUGUGCCAUUUAAUCCAAUUUUAAAAUUUUUAAGAUUCCUUCCCCCCCUCUCCCUUAAAAAAAGUAACUGAGGAACAACAGCUAGCAUAAUAAAUGAUUUAUUCAGCACCAUAGCAAGUAAUGGCAACUUUUAAAAUAUUGCAAUGUUUUGGAAAGUACAUAUCAAAAGCUCUGCAGCUACCAUGCAUGAGUUAUGCACAAGCUAUUUUUGUUUAUUUAAACAAAAGAUCUCUGUAUCAGGUUGCAAUAAUAUACAUUUUCUUUGAUCUUUUAUUAUAAACCCUUUUAGCGUUCA